AUGGCCAACCUGAAGUUGUACUUGCUUCUAGGAUUGUUCUCAUUCUUUCUGCGUAUGCUGGUCGUUCAAGGUGCAGAAGAUAUAUGUAGAUUGCUAGGAAAAUUUGAUUUACAUGGCUAUGUGGAAUGUGAGAACCAUAUGAUGAUAAUAGGAGGAAUGUUUCCCAUUCACUUCAGGACUAUACUAGAAAAAGAACCAACUACUUCAGAGCCAGUGUCACCAAAAUGUGAAUGGAAGUGCUUUCCAUGUGAAGUGCUUUUGGCAAAUGUAUUCAGCACUGACAUAUACUUCGUCUUUGCAGGUUUAACUUCCCGAGGUUUCCGUUGGGCCAGAGCUGUGAUACAUGCCAUCCAAAAGGUGAACAAUAGGCUAGAUAUUCUACCAAAUAACACACUGGGUUAUCACAUCUAUGAUACCUGCUUUACAACAUCCAAAACUGUUGAAGGGACUUUGGCAUACUUGACUGGACAGAAUGAAACAAUGCCCAACUUCAGAUGCAGUGCAGGUGCACCUCUUGUAGCCAUCAUUGGAGCUGGUGGAUCAACAUUGACUAUUGCUUCUUCAAGAAUCGUAGGGCUCUAUUAUUUCCCUGAGGUUGGUUAUGCCUCUUUCUGCUCUGUUCUUUCUGACAAAUACCAGUUCCCUUCCCUUCUGCGCACUAUACCGAAUGAUAACCAUCAAUCACUGGCUAUGGCAGAACUUGUUCAACUUUGGGUGUGGAUAGGAACAAUAGCAGCAGAUGAUGACUAUGGAAAAUACGGAAUCAAGUAUUUUAAACAACAUGUAGAGAAAUCUGGAAUCUGCAUUGCUUUCUCUGAUACCAUUCCAAAAAUAUUUUCCAGGGAAACAAUACUAGCAGUUGUGGAAGCUAUAAAAGAAUCCACAGCAAAUAUCACUGUAAUGUAUUCCUCUGAUAUUGACCUCAGUCCCUUAAUGGAAGAAAUUGCACCCAGUAACAUUACUGGCAAAACCUGGAUUGCAAGUGAGGCCUGGGUUACAUCAGCACUAAUUGCUAAACCUGAAUAUUUUUCAUUCCUUGGUGGGACCAUUGGUUUUGUGCUAUGGAGAGGUGACAUACCAGGAUUAAAAGACUUUCUGCUUGAUUUGCAUCCAGAUAAUGAUGCUAGUGAUGACUUGACUAUUGAGUUCUGGCAGACUGCUUUCAAUUGCACUUGGCCUAACAGCAGAGUACCUUAUAAUACAGAUUUUAGAAUAAAUGUAACAGGUCGAGAGAGUGGAGUACAUCCUGUUUCUGAUCAGCUCUGUUUUGGAAAGGAGAAACUGGAGGACAUAAAAAAUACCUACCUGGAUGUUUCAGAGUUCAGAACAACAUAUAAAGUCUAUAAAGCUGUGUUCACUGUGGCCCAUGCCCUUAACAAUUUAGACACCUGUGUAGAAGGAAGUGGACCAUUUCCAAAAAAUUCCUGUGCAAUUAUAUAUGAUUUUGAGCCCUGGCCGUUAAUGUACUAUCUGAAGAAUGUUAAAUUUACAACCUUUGACAAUGAGCUAGUAAAGAUAGAUGACAAUGGAGAUGUGUCUGCGCCGUAUGACAUUAUAAACUGGCAGUUGAAUGAGACUGGAGAAAUCUUCUUUGUGAAGAUUGGAAUCUAUAAUGAUACAAAGAGGCAUGAGAUGAAGAUAUAUAAUGACUCCAUAUUCUGGAACAUUCCAACCUUAAACCCUCUGCGUUCUGUGUGUACUGAAAAUUGCCAACCUGGUACUAGAAAGGGGAUCCGACAUGGGAUGCCUGUAUGCUGUUUUGUCUGUAUUCCAUGUGCAGAUGGAGAGAUAAGUAAUGAAACAGAUGCAAGAGAAUGCUUUCCAUGUCCUGAUGAUUACUGGUCCAAUACACUGAAGAAUGAAUGUGUGCUAAAGGAGGUGGAGUUUCUGGCUUAUGAUGAAGCUUUAGGGACCACACUGGUAGCUCUCUCUCUAUUUGGAGCUUGUAUUGUCCUUUCUGUGACCAUUGUUUAUAGGAUGCACAGGGACACUGCUCUUGUGAAAGCCAAUGACCGAGGGCUGAGCUUUCUCAUUCAGCUAUCUCUUGUCAUUACUUUGUUAACUUCCUUCUUCUUUGUUGGUAAACCAGAAGAAUGGUCAUGUCAGAUCCACCAAGUGACUCUUGCCCUGGGGUUUUCUCUUUGCUUGUCCUGUAUACUGGGAAAAACGAUUGCAUUCCUGUUAACAUAUAGAGGUAGCAACCUGAAGGCUGCAGAGAAGCAUGACCAUAUAUCCAUGCAAGCUCUUCAUCAAAAACUUCUUGUGCUAAUUUCUGUGAUAAUUGAGGUGUGUAUUUGCAAGGCCUAUCUCACAUGUAUACCUCCAUAUUUGUACACAAAUAUGGAAUUCCAAAAUGUAAAGAUAAUUCUUGAGUGUAAUGAAGGUUCCAUAGAAUUUUUAUGUACUAUGUUUGGGUUUGAUGUAUUUCUUGCUGUAUUAUGCUUCAUCACUGCCUUCAAAGCUCACAAGUUACCAGAUAAUUUCAAUGAAGCAAAAUUCAUCACUUUUGGAAUGCUGGUAUUCUUCAUAGUCUGGAUUUCUUUUGUUCCAGCCUACUUAAGCACAAGAGGGAAAUUCAAAGUAGUUGUUGAGAUAUUUGCAAUUUUGGCCUCAAGCUUUGAUUUGCUUGGUUGCAUAUUUCUGCCAAAAUGUUACAUUAUUUUAUUGAAGCCAGAAAGGAAUACAGAGGAAAUAAUCUCGGGCAAAGCCACCACUAAUGACAAGAGUGCUCCAUCCACCUCAACCUCAUGCACCAGUGAGGUUACAAACAGUGCCCUCUCCACAAUGGUACUUGAUGAGUAGUAGUAGGUUUUUUUAGUCCUUGCUCUUCAGCAUUUACUGUGAUGAUGUGCUUUAUCUUCCUCAGUACUGACAGACAACUCCAGUGGAUUCUCAUGUAUCAUCAGAUUGCCAUUAUUUCCGGUGGAAGUUAUGGAUUCUGGUUCUCGAUGACACAACCAAAUUCACACCAUAUUACAUGUGCUGAGAAAAUAAUGCAGGUCAUCACUGGGGAGAUUUUAUGGUUGGAUUUUUGCUUUUCUGAUAAAUAAAUAGGGGUGUGUGGGGGGUGAGAGAGAUGGAAUGAGAGAAGCAUAUGUUCUUGGGGGAUAUUAAAUGUUUGGCCUUAGGGCUGUGUGAAACCUACUCGCUCUGACUAUGUGUUUCAGCAAAUGUUACCUUUAGGUAUGCUUGCCAACUUUCUAAGGGCAAAAAACUGAACACUAUGGCCCCACCCCUUCUCUGAGGUCCCGCAACUGUUCACUUCACCCCACCUCCCUCUGUGACUCGCUCUCCCCCAUCCUCGCUCACUCACUCAUUUUCACCGGGUUGGGGCAGGGGGUUGGGGUGUAAGGGGGGUGAGGGCUCUAGCUGGGGGUGAGGGCUCUGGGGUAAUGCUGGGAAUGAGGGGUUUGGGGUGCAGGAGGGGGCUCAGGGCUGGGGCAGGGAAUUGGGAUGUGGGAGGGCGUUCGGGGUGAAGGCUCCAGGUGGCACUUACCUCAGGUGGCUCCCAGGAAGUGGCUACAUGUCUCUCCAGCUCCAUGCACUUCCCCCACCCACAGGUGCCACUCCUGUAGCUCUCAUUGGCCGUGGUUCCUGGGCAAUGGGAACUGUGGAGCCAGCACUCGGGGUGGGGGCAGUGCAUGGAGCCCCCAUGUUCACCUUUAUGCCUAGGAGCUGGAGGGACAUGCCAGCUGCUUCCUGGGAGCCACACAGAGCUGGGUAGGGAGCCUGCCAGCCCUGCACCAACUGGACUUUUAAUGACCCGGUCACCAGAGCUGCCAGCAUCCCUUUUUGACCAGGGUUUCUGGUUGAAAACCAGACACCCGGCAAUGCUACGUAUAGAUUUGGUUUACACAGGUUUGGGACAAUCAAAAUUGAUAUUAAAUUUUGGCUUCAUUUAAAAAAUAUACCAAAGGGUCAGAUAAAUCUGUGCAAACAUGCUGAGCUUUAUCAGUUCAAUUUAGAAACUAACAAAACUCACUUGGAUUCCCCUACCAAAGUUCCUUCCCUUCCCCUAACAGGCUCCUCCCUCUUCUUUACUUGUCUUCCAGCAUCAGCAGCCCAAUGGCCUUCUGUUCCUCUGCUGCAUUCAAGGGAUUUGCACUUUUCCCUAAUCUGGCUUUUUCCAGCCGUGUAGGGUUUGUUUUCCAUCUAAUUUAAUUUUUGAGACAGGAAAAGAGAUGUAAACUGAUAGGACGAUUCCCUCCACACAACUUUAUGUUUCCCAGCGGAUCUGUGUCUCAGCUGCCAGAGAAUGAAAGGGCUACUAGCAGCAGCAGUUUGUAAUUGUGAUAUGAGAUUGCUUUACAAUAACUACAGAAAAUAAAUUUUAAGUUAAAAAAAUUAAACGUAUCAGUCAAACUUGUAUAAUUCCAUUUAACUAUCUGCAUAAAAAGUAGACUUGUAGUAUUUUAUAAUAAAUAUAAUCUAUAGUUAAGUAUUGCUCUUUGUGGUUUGUAAAUUUUUUGUAGAAGCUUGAAAGUAAUAUUUCUUUUUUAGUUGAUUUUAGUCCUCCUAGUUGCUUGGAUAAAUAUUGAACUUUUCUGCAUUUCUAAUGGAGCAUAAACCUCAAGACUUACACUGUUUUUAAACUUCUCCAUCUACAUAUAUUUCCAGUUCUGGGUUUAGCACUUGUUAAAACAGCAGGGAAAUGCAUGCAGUGUUUUCUAGCAUGUCAUAUCAAAAUGUUAACUAGUGUAUAUAUUUUUACAUUUUUCAGCAAUAAAGAAAGGAGUCUCUAAAUAGCAAUUAUACCUCCAGAUAGAGGAUAUGUGACUUUGGAAUCUGUGCAACUUGUCAAGAUAGCUUGAAAUAAAACCUGUUCUCAAUACACCAAGCCAAUAAACAGAACUACUAUUAGCCUAAU